CAUCAUCAUACCUAAAUUCUAUCGAGAUAAGUGAUUAUGUCAAUGUGAUUAUACCAAUCUAAAACUAACGUAACAAAACGAAAAUAGUUUUUUUUAUUUUUGAGGGGUUAUUGUUUUUAAAAAAAAAUCCAAAGUAAUAAAAUAUUUGGUCAGUGAUUGGCACAAAUACUUUUAGAAAUGUUGUAAAAGGUGUGUGUGUGUGUGUGUGUUUGUUAAAAAAUAAGAGAUGAACAUGAAGAGUAAAAAUUGAAAAUCUGAAAAUGGUGUUCGCCAGUAGACUAAAAUUUGGUGAACAAUCGUUAUCAUCGUAGUAGAACUGAAUAAUUCGGCAAAUAAUCUUCGACGCGUGUCCUUGGACACGUGUCGGUGUUUAGAAAUAUUUUCUUGACACGCGUCGACCAAUUGUGACACGUGUCACGGCUAUUUGCUUAUCUGAAUCGCACGUAAAAUCCUUUGCUAGUGUAUCUCACGAAGGAUGAUUUUUCAAAUUCCUCGACUAAUACUGCUCGAAUUUCUACUUGAACACGAACGAAAACAUUGCGUUUAUUCAAUUAAUCUUUUUUAUUAUUAUGUUCUUCGAAAAUUUGAUUAUUAAUCACAGGGAUGUGUAUAGAGAAGAAAACAAUUGAAAGUAUCAUCGAAAGGAUGAAGAAGAAAAAGGAAGAAAUAAUAUAACUAAAUUAUAUUUCAUUUGAUACGAUAUCAUCAGAUUUGGAUUAUCGUUUGAAAGAAUAACGAAAUCAAAUAAAAAAGAGGAAAAUGUAUUCCAUGGACAAUUUGGAAUUGGACAUAAUGAAUCGUCAAUAUUUAUACGAGGCGCAUACUUUUCUUGGUAAUCCAGGAAUUCCAGCAUUACCUGCACAUUAUGGUACCCAAACUACGGCAAGCCUUCCAACGAUUACAUCGCAAUUACCGUCUUAUCCUUCCGGUAGUACCGGAAGCACCAGUGGUAGCGACGUUUAUCCAUACGACGAAAACAGCAGUGACAACGAAAGCGUUUAUAGCAGUGAUCAAGAAAAUCAUGCUGCCAGAGAACGAAGUAGAAGUCGAAGUCGAAGUCGUGGGAGUAGAAGAAACGGUGUAAGUGGAAAAUGUCCAAGACAAGCUGUCCAACAACGACAGGCAGCAAACAUGCGUGAGAGGCGACGGAUGCAGAACAUAAAUGACGCGUUUGAAGGUUUAAGGGCUCACAUACCUACAUUACCUUAUGAAAAAAGAUUGUCCAAGGUGGAUACUUUAAAACUUGCCAUUGGUUAUAUUAAAUUCCUCAAUGAACUUGUUCGUGCUGAUAAAGGCAACGAUCCACUAUCAGGAAACGGUGGUCAUUCGAGGUGUUCCGGACGAGAUGACACUAAGAAAAUCAUAGUCCGUGGAAGCGGAGGUAAUCCAUUCAUAUCGCAUUCUCUUUCUUGGUCAAGAGAAUCGGAUGUUUCAACGAACGGUACGAUGUAUGCAAAAGUUUGGACACCAGAAGAUCCUAGAACAUCUAAAACCGGCACGACCUACGAAUAAAUUUCUCUCUCUUUUAACUUUUCAUCUCCAUAGAAACAGAAAAAGAAAAGAAAAGGAAGACCAACAUAAAAUACGAAAUUUCGUAACGCGUGCGUGUUAUUUAGUGUCUAAGAAGGCUACGAAAUAUUACCAAAUAUGAAAGUCAAUCAUCCUAGUCUUUCUUCGAAGAAAAACUUCAACCAAAAAUUCAAUCUAGUCUAUAACUUGCUCGUCUAGUCGACUGAAUCACAAUGAUGAAAAUAAAUGAAAUGAGGAUGAAUAAAAGGAAAAACUUUUAGUGCAAUCAUAACGACGAACUGAACAAAUUUCAUUUAUAACAAAUAAUAUCAAAUAAAAACCACAAAUGUAUCAUUGGUUCAUCAUUAUAUACAUAGAAU